AGUUGGCAGUCACUGUUUCGAUAACCGUUCGAGGAAAUUCAAUAGCAAAACAAUAUUUUUGGCAGUUUUUAGACUAAUUGGGCCGCAAACAUGUCGCUAACUAUGCGAAUUUUCACCGCAUCGCGCAAUGGUCAGCGCAUGUUUGGCACCCAUGGCGCCAGGUUGCUGGCCGCCCAAAAAGCCGAACCGAAAGAUAUUGUGCCAGUACCCCAGGGCUACGUCUACGUAAACAACAAGGAGCUGAGCAUGGAGUUUGCGGAUAUUACUGAUCGGGCCGCCACUACCAUGUUCUUCGGAGAGCUCUUCCGCGGUUUCGCAGUCACCCUGGCACAUAUCUUCAAGGAGCCGGCCACCAUCAACUAUCCCUUCGAGAAGGGACCGCUCAGUCCACGUUUCCGUGGCGAGCACGCUCUGCGGCGCUAUCCCAGUGGCGAGGAGCGUUGCAUCGCUUGCAAGCUGUGUGAGGCCAUCUGCCCAGCCCAGGCCAUUACCAUUGAGGCAGAGGAGCGCGCUGACGGAAGCAGGCGAACAACCCGCUACGAUAUCGACAUGACCAAGUGUAUCUACUGCGGCUUCUGUCAGGAGGCAUGCCCCGUUGACGCCAUCGUGGAAGGACCUAACUUUGAAUUCUCCACAGAGACGCACGAGGAGUUGCUUUACAACAAGGAGAAGCUUCUCUGCAAUGGCGACAAGUGGGAGUCCGAAAUCGCCUCUAACCUGCAGGCCGAUCAUCUCUAUCGUUAAUUAUGAAUGUAAAUUUUAGAUUUCCUUGUUUAGAACGAUUUUCCAAUUAAAGAUCGUUGCCGUGGCUGCGUCUUAAA